CCGCCCCCCGGUGAGUGAGUGGCGGGAGAUUGCAGCAUGGCGGUGCAGCCGAAGCAGAGCGUGUGUAUGGACUCCACUUCAGAGAGCGGCUUCAUCAGCUUCUUCAGCUCCAUGCCGGAGAAACCCGACACCACGCUGCGGAUCUUCGACCGCACCGACUACUACACCGUGCACGGCAAGGAUGCGCUGUUCACCGCGCGGGAGGUGUUCAAAACCCAGGGGGUCAUCAAAUACCUGGGCUCAGGGAGCAGGAGGCUGGAGGGUGUGGUCCUCAGUAAGAUGAACUUUGAGUCGUUUGUGAGGGAUCUUCUGCUGGUCAGGCAGUACCGAGUGGAGGUGUACAGGAAUAAGGCAGGUGGCAAGAGCAGCAAGGACCAUGACUGGCAGAUCGCCUACAAGGCUUCUCCAGGAAACCUGACCCAGUUUGAGGAGAUCCUGUUUGGUGGUGGAGGUCUGGGUGAAGGUGCUGCUGGAGUGGUGGGGAUCCGAUUGGGUACGGGAGGUGAUGGGCAGCGGGUUGUGGGCGUCGGUUACGUGGAUUCUACACUCAGGAAAAUGGGUGUGUGUGAGUUUCCAGAUAACGACCAGUUCUCCAAUCUGGAAGCUCUGCUGGUGCAGAUUGGCCCCAAGGAGUGUGUGCUGCCUGGGGGCGAUACAGCUGGAGACCUGGGGAAACUUAGACAGGUGAUACAGCGUGGAGGAAUCCUGCUAUCAGACAGGAAGAAGAUGGAGUUUACAGCUAAAGACAUAGUUCAGGAUCUGAAUCGCUUACUGAAAGCUCGCAAAGGAGAGACGGUGUCGAGUGCAGCGCUUCCAGAGAUGGAGAAACAGAUUGCUGUGUCCUGCUUGGCCGCCGUCAUCAAAUAUCUGGAGCUUCUGUCUGAUGAGGCCAACUUCGGUUCUUUUAAGUUAACUACAUUCGACCUUAACCAGUACAUGCGUCUGGACAACGCUGCGGUGCAGGCUCUCAACCUGUUUCAGGGUUCCUCAUCUGAUGAUCCUACUGGUACCCAUUCCCUGGCAGGGCUGUUGAAUAAGUGCCGAACUCCUCAGGGCCAGAGACUGGUCAACCAGUGGCUCAAACAGCCUCUAAUAGACAAAAACAAGAUUGAAGAGAGGCUUGAUCUGGUGGAGAGUUUUGUAGAGGACUCAGAGCUGAGGCAGAGCUGUCAGGAGGAUCUGCUGCGACGCUUUCCUGACCUGAACCGUCUGGCUAAGAAGCUCCAGCGGCAGAGUGCCAAUCUGCAGGACUGUUACCGGGUCUACCAGGCCGUGGGCCAGCUGCCGGGUCUUGUGCAGGCUCUUGAGAGACACACUGGAAAGCAUCAGGUCCUGUUGAACGCAGCCUUCAUUUCGCCCUUCAGCGACCUCACCUCCGACUUCUCCAAGUUUCAGGAGAUGAUUGAAACCACGCUGGACAUGAACCAGAUUGAUCACCAUGAAUUCCUGGUGAAACCCUCGUUUGACCCCACACUGAGUGAACUGAGGGAGAGCAUGGACCAGCUGGAGAAAAGCAUGCAGUCUGCUCUCAACAGUGCAGCUCGUGAGCUUGGUCUGGAUGCAGGCAAAACAAUAAAGCUGGAAUCCAAUGCACAGAUGGGUUAUUUCUUCCGGGUCACUUGUAAAGAGGAGAAGUCUCUGCGCAACAAUAAGAAGUUCACAACACUGGAUGUGCAGAAGAACGGAGUGCGGUUUACUAACAGUAAGCUGAGCUCUUUGAAUGAGGAGUACGUUAAAAGCAGGGAGGAGUAUGAGGAGGCUCAGAAUGCCAUCGUUAAAGAGAUAAUCGGCAUUGCUGGAGGCUACGUGGAGCCGCUGCAGACCCUGAACGAGGUGAUUGCCCAGCUGGAUGCGGUGGUCAGCUUUGCUGUGGUGUCCCACGCUGCCCCUGUUCCCUUUGUGAGACCCAGGAUCCUGGAGAAAGGCAGCGGCAGGCUGAUCCUGAAGGGAUCUCGACAUCCUUGUGUAGAGGCUCAGGAUGAUGUGGCCUUCAUCCCCAAUGAUGUAACCUUCACUAGAGGAGAGCAGAUGUUCCACAUUAUUACAGGUCCAAAUAUGGGUGGUAAAUCUACGUACAUCCGUCAGGUGGGCGUGAUCGUGCUCAUGGCUCAGAUUGGCUGCUUCGUACCGUGUGACGAGGCCGAGCUGAGCGUGGUGGACUGUGUGCUGGCCCGGGUGGGUGCGGGGGACAGCCAGAUCAAAGGGGUCUCCACCUUUAUGGCAGAAAUGCUGGAGACUGCUGCGAUCUUACGUUCUGCUACUGAGGAUUCUCUGAUCAUAAUUGAUGAGCUGGGCCGUGGCACGUCUACAUACGAUGGCUUUGGUUUGGCUUGGGCUAUCUCAGAGUACAUUGCCACACGUCUCAAAUCCUUCUGCUUGUUUGCCACACACUUCCAUGAGCUUACUGCUCUGGCUCAGCAAGAACCUACCGUCUGCAACCUCCACGUCACCGCGCUGACUACUGACAGCACCCUCACCAUGCUCUACAGGGUGAAAAAGGGUGUGUGCGACCAGAGCUUUGGGAUCCACGUAGCCGAGCUGGCUAACUUUCCCAAACAUGUGAUCGCUAAUGCACGAGAAAAAGCUCUGGAGCUUGAGGAGUUCCAGGAUAUCUCCAGAGCUGAGGAGGAAGGAGUGGAUGCAGGGCCUGAAGCCAAGAAGCGCUGCCUGGAGAAACAGGAUGGGGAGAAGAUCAUCGAGGCUUUCCUGGAUAAGGUGAAGUCGCUGCCUGUUGAGGACAUGACGGAUGAAGCCAUCAAAGCAGAGCUGCGUAAACUGAAGGCUGAAGUUGUGGCUCAGAACAACAGCUUUGUUACCGAGAUCGUCUCCCGAGCUGCGAACGUGAAAGUGGUUUAAAUGUGAAAGGACUGUACAGAGGCUUGUGAUGCAUAAUCUAUUGCAUAAAAGUAUUUUUAUAACAUGUUCUUUUAUGUUUGUCUUGUUUGUAGAGACUCAUGUCUGUUUUGUCUUCCAGCAUUAUGUUUUUGUUUGUCAUAAAAAGAAAAAAAAAACUACUAAUUUGUAUUUUGUUGUAUCUGCUUUAAUCACUGUAGUGCUUUAUUAUAGAGCAACGUUGAUUUGAAUGAAAUUUUGCUAUCUAGUGGAUAAAUUCUCAUGUCAUAGAACUGACAGUGCCUACCCAAAUAGUUAACUCUUAUAUAUUUUUUUUAUAUUUUACACUAUACGCACUUAAAUACAAUAAGAAAAAUGCUUGAAACUAAUAAAAGUGUAAAACCGUUAUGGUUGGCUUCCCUAGACUUAUUUAGGCCUGGAAUACAUACAUCAGUUUUAAUGGAGAAAUUCCAUUCACAGUGCUGAAUAGUCCAGAACUGGGUUUAAUCUAUUUCCAGAAAACCAGUCCAUUAAUUAAACAGAUAAAGAGCAAAAACUUAAGAAUUUGCCAUCAAAGAAAAAAUCCUAGUAUGUUCAUUUAAACAUGCUUUCCACAUAUCCAAUAUUGUCUUAAACGGUUAAUACAAUGUAUGAUUGGAUAUGACUGUUCUUAAUGUGAAUAAAGUUCAAGUUUCUACAUUUUAAA